UGGUUGGGUGAACGGCCUGACAUUCUAGACGGCCAGGCACAUGUAUUGACAGUGUAGCACAUGAGCUGCUGCGUGAGAAGUGACGGAAAUUUUUAUUCUGUUAAACUAGCGUAAAACCAGCAUUUAUUUAUUGUCGAGAAGAAAACCGACACUGAUAAGAAGUGUAGAGAAAUUCAUAAAUCAUAGUUUCUUUCAAUCAUACCGGUAGCUACCUUUCUUCUUUAUUGCAGGGUAAUUGACGGUUAAGAUUUGUAAACAGUUUAUAAAUUAGCCGUUAAAUCGGUUAAUAAAAUGGAAAAUUCCGAAAUAAAUUCGGUGGAUUUGCAUGGAGAUGAAGAGAUUAUUGAAGUCAUUGAGCUAAAUGAAACAGAACCGAACCCAGAUGACCUUGCUGAGGAUAUUGAAGAUGUAAAUUUCACUGAAGGAGAUGAUGAAGGCUGGGAAACUGAGGAUGAAGGAGGAGAGGAGAUGGAAGAAGCUGACAAGGAUGACAGUGAUCUCACCUUCUCCAGACAUACAGGUUCUGUGUUCUGUGUGAAUCUGGACCCCAGUACUAACAGUCUGGCAGUCACGGGGGGUGAAGACGAUAGAGCCUUUGUCUGGAGGGUGAGUGAUGGAGAGGUGCUGUUUGAGUGUACAGGACACAAGGACUCUGUCACCUCUGCCUCCUUCAGCCAUGACUCUGCACUGGUUGCCACUGGAGACAUGAGUGGCCUCAUCAAGGUGUGGAAGGUGGAAACUAAGCAGGAGGUGUGGUCCUUUGAGGUCGAAGAUCUGGAGUGGAUGGAGUGGCACCCCUGUGCUCAUGUCCUGCUGGCUGGCACAGCUGACGGGAACGUUUGGAUGUGGAAGAUCCCCAGCGGGGAGUGCAAAACCUUUCAGGGGCCCGGCUGCCAGGCCACCACUGGCAAGAUCCUGCCUGACGGAAAGAGAGCUGUUGUUGGCUAUGAAGAUGGAAUCAUCAGACUUUGGGAUCUCAAACAGGGAAAUACUUCUCAUGUUCUUAAAGGACCAGAUGGGCACCAGGGCCCCGUCACCUGUGUGGCAUGCAGUAAAGAUGGAAGUCUCAUACUGACAGGCUCUGUCGACUGUAGAGCCAAGCUCAUCAGCACUGCCACCGGAAAGGUAGUGGGAGUGUUCUCAACAGAGGGGCGCAAACCCAAAGUUUUAAUGGAAGAGGAAUCUGAGACCAACUCUGUUGAGUCGGUGGGAUUCUGUAAUGUGUUGCCAUUGGUUGCUGUUGCUUACCUUGAUGGGACUCUAGCCAUUUACGAUCUUUCUACACAGAGCUUGCGUCAUAAGUGUCCGCAUGAGGCUGGCAUCGUUCACUUGCAGUGGGAGGACAGCUCACCCCUGCUCUACACCUGCAGCCUGGAUGGAGCUGUCCGCAUCUGGGACGCUCGCUCAGGGCAGAUGGUAACACAAUACCAUGGGCACACGGCUGAAAUACUCGACUUCACACUCAACAGAGAAGCCUCCGUGGCAGUCACUGCAUCUGGAGAUCAUAAAGCCAAAGUCUUCUGCCUUCAGAGACCAGACCGGUAAACACAAGGAUGCCCAUAGCUACAGAAAAGAACCAGUGGAUAGUGGGAUGCCGUUAUUUAUAUAUCAGGAUAUCGUUCUAUUCAGUGUCACCAAAAAUAAUUUGGGACUACAACCAUAUCCUCCGGACGUUUUAUCAAUAUCAUCCUCUCAUAGACAGGAGAGUAAUUGUUUUUGGAUGAUUUCUUCUUCAGGGCCAUCUUUUGAAAUGCUUUUGAAUUAUUGGUAGAUUGGCAUUGACAAGAGUAAAAUAGAGCUGCUUGUUUCAGGAUUAAUUUGGGUGUUAAUACACAACGAAGUGACCAUUACCUACUAAAUAACGUGUGGCCAACAUUUAACAGUCAUUUAUCCUUAGGAUAGAGACUCCAAUGCUUGCUCAAAUUUGCUAAGUGAUAUUAAUUCGGGUACUUGCAUUGAGUUAAUUUCUGAAGUAUUCAAACUUUAGAGUAAACCUGUUUGAACAUUUACCCGAUAACUUAGCAGUAUUUGUAACCAAUGUGAAAACAUCUCUCCAAUAGACUGAUUUUCCUUUUUAAAAUACCAUGUAUUUAUAACUACAUAAUUACAUCAUGUAUGUGCAUAUGGAAAAACAAUAGCCUGUGCACUGUGCCCUUACUACUAUAACACCAAGGAUAUAUUUGACAUGCAUUUUUAAGACUGCCCACAUCUAAACUCUUAACACAUUCAGUAUUGAUAUUUUAUAAUAAUAUUUUAGAUGAUAAUCCAGCCUAAAGAGUGUAUUGGUCAAUCUGUUUUCUUUUUAUAACUAACAUGUUAUAAUACUUGAAGUGAUAAAACCGUUACUGUACAUAAGGAAAGGACAAAUAACAAAAUAUCCAGCAUUUCUAAAAUAUUGAUGGGGGGAAAAAAAACAGGUGUACAUCUGUAAUUGCAGUCAUUACUUAUUUCACUGUCAUAUAACCAUUAUCCAGGAAUAGUGAUUAAGACCUCUUGUUUGCACAAUUUUAUAAUACUGCAGUUUGAAUGCCAAACAAAGCUCUCUGUGAUGUAUUGCUAUUAAAGUACUGAGUAUGUUUGCUAUAAAAAA